CAUAUAGAAAAGUAGGGGUAGGAGGGAUGACAUCACGGCAAAAAGUGCAGAAUCCAAUAAUAGAGUGCAGUGAAGAAGCUGGAAUAGAAAUGAGCUGCAAGGAAUUGACCGAGAAGAAUUUGGGUAGUGAGCCCAAUACACAAAAAAAAAGCCCAGAGGUGGAGGAGUCCACAAAUAUGGGUCAAGCCCAUAUAAAGACAGUAAGAAGGAGGGCAAAUCUGAAUAGCAAAGAAGACAAUUACAGUAACUCAAAUGACUCAGACGAGAGCAACAAAGAGGUGGGUGAGGAUGUGUUCUGGAAAGGCUUCGAAAGGGAGAAAGGGCGACUAGAAGACUGGAUGAGCAAGCAGAUGGGGAAGAUGGCAAAGAAAAAGAGAAGGAAAGUCAGGAAGUGCAGCUCGUUAUAUUCAAACACAGGUGUAGAAGUCGCAGGAGCAGAAGGAAGAAGAGGAAGAGGAAAACAAAGCAUGCAGCCGACGGAGAGGAAAUUAACACCAAAAUUUUUGCCAAAUCCAAAUGGGUUAGUUGCGGGUGAUUCAAUUGGAGAUAGCAACAUUCAGAAUUCGGUGGCGGAGGAUGACGAUGAGAUGAUUCAAAGAAUUGAGGAGCUAGAGGAGAGGGACAGAAAAGCAAAAAAAGACAUGGCAUACCGAGAUAUGGGUGUCAAUUCGAAGGAAACCAAAUUAGAGAUGGUUGAUAGGAAUAUUUGUAGAAGGGUUUGGGGGACAGAGGAUUUUGAUUGGGUGUCUAAACCGUCAAAUGGCAUGUCGGGGGGUCUAUUGUGUGUUUGGAACUCUAAAGUGCUCAAGAAGGAAGAGGUUCUGGAGGGGGAGAACUUCAUUGGGGUUUAUGGAUUAUGGGGGGAGGAUAAGCUACCUGUGAACAUCGUAAAUAUUUAUUCACCUUGUCAGUUAACGGGCAAGAGAGCCUUAUGGGAGGAGCUGCAACACUUGAUGAAUAACAGAAGGGGGACGUGGUGCUUGGCAGGAGAUUUCAAUGCUGUGAGAAGAGCAGAGGAAAGGGCAGGAUGCACUAGAAUUUCUGGAGAAAUGAGGGAAUUUGAUGAAUUUAUUCAUAAUGCUGAAUUGCUUGACUUGCCUUUGCUAGGGAGGAAAUACACAUGGUAUAACUCAAAUGGGCAGCACAUGAGCAGGAUUGAUAGAUUCCUGUUAUCGGAAGAUUGGAUAAUGGAGUGGAGUGAUGUGAAGCAAUGGGGAUUAAGAAGGUCAGUAUCGGAUCAUUGCCCUAUUUUACUGAAGAAUGAGAAGGUUGAUUGGGGUCCAAAACCUUUCAAAUUUUUCGAUGCUUGGCUGGAUCAACCAGGUUGUAAAGAGGUGAUUAGAGAUGUGUGGAAUCACAAAGAGGUGAAGGGGUGGAAAGGUUUCAAGCUCAAGGAAAAACUGAAAAACACAAAGCAAGCACUAAAGGAGUGGAGCAGGAAAUCGAUAAAUGAGGUGGAUGGCAAAAUUAAAGAAGCUGAAAAUGUGAUAGCUGAAAUUGAUGAAAAGGGUGAGAAGACUCAACUGGUGGCAGAUGAUAUUGAAAAGAGGAGAAUUAGCUUUGUUGAUUUAUGGAAGAAUCUAAGGAUUAAGGAGAGGAUAUGGCAACAAAAGUCAAGAAAGAUGUGGUUGAGAGAGGGAGAUGCGAACACUAAAUUUUUUCAUAGAUGCAUGGCAAGAGAUGUGAUCGUUUUUCGUGGAGAGGAAGGAGGUUUUCUAUUGGAUAGCAAAGGUGGUGGCCUUUUCUUGAUCUGCAUGAUCGUUGCGUCGCUCUCUCUCAUAUCUAUGGUUGUAUUUGCUUGUGGUGAUUCUGGUCAGAAGCCUCGCAGGAGUGUAGGAUAUGGUGGUGGCGGUGGAGGCGGCUGUGGUGGUGGUGGAGGCGGCUGUGGUGGUGGUGGUGGUUGAGUAGUUACAUGGUCAAAUUUUAAAAGAUUUUCAAGUAUUGCAGCUCACAAAAAUUUAUUGUUUUCCCUUUUUAUAUUCUUGUGCUUGGUAGCAAGAUAUCUGUGUGCUAAGGAAUUGUAAGUUUGGUUCUGUGUGGACUGGUUUUUGUUUGUAUGAUCUGUUGUAUUUUCUCUGCAUAUAUUGCCUAAACUUCGGUUGUGAGAUUCUUAUUUAAUGCACAAUAAACUAUAAAUUAAAGU